GUGAUUAGGUUCACAUUUUACAUUGCAAUGUGAAGAAAGGACAAACAAUAGGUGUACUCUAGGUCAUGCAGAAAGCUGAGCCAGUUAAAUAUAAUACAAUAGCACACUAUUUAUGCGACCAUAGUUUCACAUAGAGAGAUCCAGAGAGGUUACAAAGAUGGAGAUUUGGGUUGCUAAAGUGAUCAUUCUAGGAGCGCUGUUUCUACUGACUCUUUCAAUUGGACUGCUGCCAAUAACAUUCAUAAAGAGACUACAAAGUGGUGGACAUAAAUUUUCCAUAAGUUGUCUUAACUGCUUUGCUGGAGGCAUCUUCCUUGGAACAACACUCUUACAUCUCCUACCUGAAGCCAGGGAGCACCUGAUCGACAGUCUAAAAAAUGAUCUUAAUAUAGACACUGAGUUCCCAGUAAGUGAGUUCCUGGUGUGUCUUGGAUUCUUUCUGGUAUUGAUUGUUGAGGGAACAGCACUCGCAUGCGGUGGGGCAACAAUAAUACAUGUGCAUGAUACUCAUAGGGAAGAGGAUCACGGUCAUGUUGAAGAAAUACAAAUUGACCUCAGAAAUUCGAAACCUAUUGGGAAACGAGACACUGCUCACUUAGAAAAACAACGCUCAGAGAGUGAUCCAAUUCUAAAGGCAGAAACAGCAUUUCCUAACUAUACAGGAAUUGGUGGACGCAACAACAAACGCUCAGAAAGAGUCAUCGACCAGACUGCUGCAGCUACUGCCGAGGGCUGUAGAAAAUAUCCCAAAGAAACAUUGCAUGAUUCAUGCAGUGACGCUGAUUGUGAAAUUAGUAACUACACUGAGGCACACUGCCACAUUGAUACAAAUCUACAAUACAGAGAGCAACGUGUUAAGUACAUUGCUGCUUUUGUUCUUCUUCUUGCAUUAUCCUUCCACAGUAUUUUUGAAGGUAUCGCAUUAGGUUUGCAAGAGAGCAAUGCCCAAAUAUGGCUGUUGUUUGUCAGCUUGGCAGUACACAAAGCAUUCAUCGCGUUUGGCAUGGGAUCAACAUUUGUAGAAACUUUUGCAAAGAUCAGAACAACUGUAAUAUUUAUGUGCAUUUUCGCAAUUGUUACACCAAUUGGAAUUGUUGCGGGUAUUCUUAUUACCAUAUAUGGUGGUGACAAUGGAAACAAUGUGGCAACAGGGGUCCUCCAAACUAUUGCAACUGGAACUUUUCUGUAUGUUACCUUUUUUGAAGUCUUGGGCCAUGAGAUAGGGGACCACAGUAAAUUCAGCCGGCCCAAAGAUUUAUUGAAGCUCUUGGCAACUAUCAUUGGAUUUUGUUGUGCUGCAACUUUGCAAUUUAUUCCAGAUGUUGACUAGUUGCGGACUUUAACAGUAGGACUUGGGGAAUAAAACUUUUUUACCUUUAAAUUCAAAAUAUGAACAGGUCGUACAAAGUGAUAUUUACUAUAUUGAAACCUGCUUUUAAAAAUAGUGUAUGCUAUUGCUUUUAACAUAACUAGUUUGUUUUGUGUCUCAGAAAAUCCCCUUAUUGAACACAUCACUGUUAUACAUGUAUAUUAGUUUUCCCAUAUCUAUGACAUCAAUUUUUGUUAAAACUAUUAUUUUGUAUUUCCUGAAACAAUAACUUUUUACUACGAAAAAACUAUAUAGUUUGUGUAAUAAAGAAAAACAGAAAAUAUGAUUCUUAAAGCAUAUUCACCUUUUUAAAAUUUACAGGGGCUAAAGGGGUAUAUAGGAAAUUUACAUAUAAGAAAACAAUUUUCAAAAUACGAUGAAUAAUGCUAUUAUUCAAAAUAGAAAAAUGACAU